GCCCGCCUUGGGCUGCUAGGUAGGGCUAGGUGCAGGCAAGUCUUGCACCCUGGUUGGAAGACCGGAAAACGGGCUUCUACCGCACACCACUGCAAAUGUUAGAUAUGAGCUUGCAGUUCCUACUAAGAUGACGAUACUACAAUAGCGUUAGCAUAGAGGAGACGAAGAAUGCAGGGUCAGGGCCAAAGUUUUACAGUGGCAAACGCCGGGAUACCGUUUCAUUCCAGCGCAAACCACGUAUACAGCUAUUAUCCAGCUGGAUCGCAGUCUAGCUUCAGUAACGGGGACACUGCGACACAGAACGCCAGCCAGAACGCUCAAGCAACAAGCAGCGCUGCAUACUCCUACUCGUAUGCUCCCAACAGCCACAUCCCAGCACCGUACGGUGGCCAACCGGCCCAAACGAGUCCAUCGCCCUCGAUGAUCUCCAGCUUGCCGCCCGCAGCUCCUCCUGUUGCAGCUGGCAACUCGCAGGAUGUCGUCAGGGAGCUGCAGACAGCGCGUGUGGAGCUGGAGAAGCAGAAACUUGAAACGACGUCGUUGCGGGACCUGGUGAGCAGCUUACAGGGUGCGCUAGCUGCGGAGAAGCAGCGCGGCGAGGACUUGUCGCGUCAGUUGCACACGGAGGCCGUUGCGCACGCAACCCUCAAGGCCGAGGUGGAGCGGCUGACGGCCGCGCAGUCCGCCACCGUGCGCGAGCACGAGCACAUGGCCGCAGCCCACGCCGCCACCGUGCGCGAGCUGGAGGCGCGCGGCGCGGAGCUGGGCCGCCUGCAGCGCCAGCUGGAAGAGGCGCAGGCGGCGGCGGCGGCGGCAGCGGAGGCGGCCACAGCAGCAGCGGCAGCGGCGGCAGUGGGGCCUGGGGUGGCAGGGGAUGCCAAGCCCAGUGCGGGCGGGGCGCGGCCGCAAGUACCGGCCAGCACCUUCUCCAGCCCCUCCAAGCUGGACGGGUCGAGGCACUCCCCUCUCAGUGGCAGUGGCGGCAAUAGCAGUGUUGGCGGCCAGCACCACCACGGCACGCACGGCGGCACGCACGGCGGCGGCGCUCACCACCUGUCGGGCCCGGAGGAGGAGCGCUGGGCGCUGCGGCUUCAGAAGGCGGAGCGGGCGCUGGAGGAGGAGCGGCGGGUCAGUGAGGACCUGCGGCAGCAGCUGGCGGCGGCGGGCGCAGAGGCGGACGCGGGGCGGGCGGCGCUGCUGCGGCUGCGGCAGUUGGAAGUGGACCUCGACGCCGACACGUUGUCGGAACUGUCACUGGCAGCAACCGCGGCGGCCCGGCGCGCCGGCGGCGGCGGCGGUGGCGGCGGGAGCAUGGGCUCGCCCUCGCUAGGCGGCGCGCUGAGUGAGCCGCUGCCACUCACGCCAGGCAGCAUCCCAGCCUACCCAGUGCCGCUGGCGGUGCCGCACAGCAGCAGCACCGGCGCCGGCCUCAGCGGCGGCGGCGGCGGCGGCGGCGGUGGGCUGACGGGGAUGAGCAGCGCGCCCUCGCCGGCGCUGUUGGGCACGGGUGGCAGCAGCGGCGGCUACGCCGCGACAUUUGCGGCGGCGGCGGCUGGCAAGCGGGGCAGCAGCGGCGGCGCGGGUCCGGGUGGGGCUGGCGGCGGGGGCGGGGGCGUGCCGGCGUCGCACCGGCUGGAGGAGCAGGUGGCGCGGCUGAAGAAGGAGGUGGAGCUGCUGCGGGCUGACCUGGGCCGUAUGGCCGCCGCCGACGAGGCCGCCAAGGUGACGGUGCGGGCAGCCGACGACCGCGCCCGGGCCGCCGAGCUGGUGUGCCUGGACGUGCGGCGGCAGUGCGACCAGGCUGCCCGCACCAUCGGGCGGCUCAUCGACGAGAACAACGACCUGGUGGCUAAAAUCAACUCACAGGCCAACACGCUGUCGGAGUACAAGUCCGUCAUCAACAAGCGGGAGUCGGAGCUGCGGGCGCUGGAGCAGCGGCUGCGGCAAGUGGCCGCGGUGGACCCAGCCACACUCACUGCAGCCACCGCGGGCGCCGCCGUGGGCGCUGCCGUGAGUGCUGCCGGCGGCGCUGCCGGCAGCGGCUCUGGGCCCCACGCGCCGGGGCAAGCACGGGCUGCCGGGUCCGGCAGCAGCAGCGGCGGCGGCGGCAGUGCCAGCGGGCCGCCGGGCUCGCCGCCGCGGCAGCACCACCUCCACAGCCCGCAGCCGCACCCGCCGCACCCGUCACAGCAGCCCCCGCACGCACAGCACGCCCCGCACGCUCCGCACCCCCAGCACCCCCAGCAUCAGCAGUUGCUGCUGCUGCCUGGCGGCGGCGCCACGGAGGCGGACUGGAAGCUGGUGAUGCUGGCGGAGGAGGUGCGGCGGCUGGUGGGCGAGGUGGCGCUGGCCGCAACCGCCCUGGCGGCGGCACGGCUGCGCGCAGACACACACGCCGCCGCCACCGCCGCCACCGCCACCGCCGACGCCGACGCCGCUGACGCCGCCGUACCCUCUCCGCAACCGCCUGCGGCGGCUGGUGUGAUGGUUGCCAACGGCCGGCCGCAUGCGCUCUCCUCAGGCGGCGGCGCGGGUGUGGGCGCGGUUGCUGGCGUGGACCUGCCCAAGGUACUGACGCGGCUUGAGGGGCUGGCGGGCCGGCGGCUGAGUGCUGGCGAGACGGCGGCCUACAUCAUCGAGCUGGCCACACACAUGGAGGCGCUGGAGGAGGCGCUGGCGGAGGCGCAGCGGCAGAUGGCGGCGCUGGGCAGCGGCGGCGGUGGAGGAGGCGGUGGCGGGGUUGCAGGUGGGGGUGGAGAUGGAGGUGGAGGUGGUGGCAGAGCGGUUGGGUUUGCCGCGGCGGAGGCGAUUGGGGCUGGCCGCAAGGGCGGCUCGGAGCAUGCCUCAGCGCAGGCAGCGGCGGCGGCGGCUGCGGCGGUGCCGCCACCGCCGGCGAAUGGGCUUGCGGGGACGGGCGCGGGCGAGGGGCCUGAGGGCGAAGGGUGGGCGGCACACGGGCACCACCAGGUCGGGUCGCUGGCGCACACGCACACGCAGCAGCAGCAGCAGCAGCAGGAGGAGGCGGCGCGGCGCUCCUUUGGUGACACGCACCUGCGCGGGCACCAGCACCAGCACCAGCACCCGCAACACCAGGAGCCAGCCGGCAGCGGCGCGGGGGCCGCCGGAGUUGCUGGCGUCCCCUUCGCCGCUCCCUUCGUGUACAACGCUAGUGAACAGGAGGCGGCACAGCAGGGCCAUCAGCAGCAGCAGCAUCCCCAGCAACCGUACCACUAUCAGGAGCACGCACCUCACGCGCUGCAGCUGCCGCAAGUGGCGCCGUUGCCAUCGCCACCGCAGCCGCACGCGGUCGUGUCGCCAUUUGACCAGCUGCCCGUGCGGCGUGAGCACUCGGCCAGCGGUGGUGCUUUGCCCCAUGCGCCGCUCGGCUCGGAGCCGCCGCAUCAGUCCGGCUCCUUGAAAUCACAGCAGCUUGCCGUAGAGGCUGAGGCGGCGGCGGCGGCGGCGGCCGACCAGCCGCACAAAGAGCGACUGGACUUGGCAGCAGCCGCGGCGGCGGCUGUUGCAGCGGCGGACAAGGCGGCAGCCGAAGCAGCAGCGGCGGCGGCAGCGGAGGCGGCUGCUACGGAAGCUCAGCAGCAGUCACAACAGCAGCAGCAAGAGGCGGGGUCGCACCCGCAGCACCCGCAGCUGGCAGCGGAUCUGACGCUGCUGCCUCUGGCGGCGCUUGAGGCGCCGCCGUCGCCUCGCGCCAUCGUGGGCGCAGCCGCGCUGACGCAUCCGCACUUGCAGCUGCCGGCGGCGGCAGUGACGGAGUAUGGCGGCGCGGCGGCUGGCGGCGCGCACGUACUGCUGGCGGCGCCGGGUGGCGAGCUGGAUGAUGAGGAGUUGGCGGAGGGGUUGGCCAAGCAGCGCCGCUCGCGUGUGGGGCUGUGGGGCUGGAUCUCGGGCGAUGGGGGCCGGUGACGCAACAAGCAGGGCAGCAGGGCAGCAGCGCAGCUUGGGAAGAGGCGAGCGGGGUGCUGAGUGCGGGAGCGAUUAGUUAGGUAGGUGGUGAGAAGGGUUCAGCGGAGUCAGGUGUUCAUUAGUCUGAGCAGGAGGUAGCUACUGACCGCAUCGCCGGACCGCAUGUAAAGAUCAGACGUCGAGGCGGCCUCAGGCAUUUGAAGGUGGUGUUGGUGAGGCACUGUCAUUCCAUUGGGUGCGGGCUGGUAAAAUGCGAUGGGACAGGGUAAGGGCAGAUUGGCGGAGACCCGCAGUGUGCAGCGGAUCCCCAGACCCCAACAUCCAACAAUCACGGCAUGGGCGCGCGGCUGGUAUAGCGCGGGCUGAUUAAGGCGUGGGGGCACGGACGACACGUCGGGCCCGACCGGCACCGGCACCGGGAUUGAACUAUGUAUGCACUGCGCCACCCGCUUAUGCACUGCGCCACUUCCGUUGCCACUAUGGCGGUGUGCAAGGUCCACCUAGCAGACGAUGCGAUAUGCAGUGUGUAAGGAUGAAGCAUGGCGUGGCCACCACUGAUAGCCGUGGACAGCUGGAGUGUUAUCGUGACGUGGAGUGUGUUAUGGGAGCCCGGGAAUUCACGAAGCCAGAACCGCAGACACCUGGUGGACCUGAAUUCUCAGGAAGGCGGAAGCGCUGCCUGUGUACCGGUAUACUUGUGUGGGGGCGGCGCCAGCCGCACACGGCACACGACUGAUGGCGGCCCUACUUGCGGGCCCUGCCUUGCAAGUGUUUUGCUUCAGAAUUCAGAACUAAGCC